GUUUUUGGCAAUUCACUGGCCUCUGUACCAAAAGUUUCAGUUGAUCAGUUUGGAUUAGUUCCAAAGGUUUUGGUAAAUCUUGUUAGUAUACUCGACAAUCAUUUAGAGGUAGAAGGCUUAUUUAGAAAAACUGGUUCCAUGGCUAGGAUGAAAGAAUUAAAAAAUCGAGUUGACAAUGGAGAAACCUUGGAUGAUGAAUGCAGCCCAUUGGAUGUUGCUGGUCUGAUGAAACAGUUCUUCAGAGACAUGCCUGACCCUUUGUUGACCUUUGAACUCUAUGACUCCUUCAUGGAAUGUUUUGUUAAUCUUGGCAAUGACAAUGCAGAAUGUUCUGAUGUUACCUGCAAACUCUGCUUUUUCCUGCCUGAAGUUAACCUGGCAACAGUUCGUUACUUGAUGUCGUUUUUGUCAAGGCUUGCUUCUAAAUCUGCAGAGAACAAGAUGGAUGCCUACAACAUUGCUGUUUGUGUUGCUCCUAAUAUUCUGUUCUCUCUUCAGUCGAAGAAAGAGCUCAAAAAGCCAGCAUCAUUGAGUGGGGGACUGAUGACACCGUCG